AUUGGAUAUUGGAUAGUGAAUAGUCAUUUGGUUGUUGAUUCAAAAUAGUUUCAGUCGUUUGCUAGUUUCCUUCUUUGGGCGUUAAAAAUGCAGGGCGUAGCUGCUUCCGUGACUGACACUCUUGGGAAUAUUAAACCAUGGCUUCAAAAAGUAACGGCUCAAUCUAAGCCUACUGAUGCUAGAUACUUCACUACUACGAAAAAAGGUGAAAUUUUUGAGCUAAAGGCUGAGCUAAACAGCGAGAGAAGAGAAAAAAAGAAAGAGGCAGUAAAAAAAGUUAUCGCCAGUAUGACUGUUGGGAAAGACGUCAGUGCUUUGUUUCCGGAUGUAAUUAAUUGCAUGCAGACCGACAAUUUAGAACUGAAAAAACUCGUGUAUCUUUAUCUAAUGAACUACGCUAAGACCCAGCCAGACACUGCAAUUAUGGCAGUGAAUACCUUUGUGAAGGAUUGCGAUGAUCCAAAUCCUCUUAUCAGGGCACUUGCUGUGCGAACAAUGGGCUGUAUACGUGUUGAAAAAAUAACCGCUUAUCUAUGCGACCCGCUUCGAAAAUGUCUUAAGGACGAGGAUCCUUACGUUCGCAAAACCGCUGCAGUAUGUGUAGCUAAGCUGCACGACAUAGAUGCUCAAUUAGUGGAAGAUAGCGGAUUUCUAGAACUCCUCAGAGAUCUGCUGUGUGACAGUAACCCUAUGGUUGUUGCAAAUGCGGUCGCAUCUAUAACAGAAAUUUUGGAGAUGACAAAUUCUGAUGCUGCCAGAUCUUUAUUGUCGUUUGAUGGGCCAGUAAUUAACAAGCUCCUGACGGCUCUCAAUGAAUGCACUGAAUGGGGACAAGUGUUUAUUCUUGAUGCGAUUGCAGACUACACACCUGGUGAUGAUCGUGAAGCACAAAGUAUAAUCGAACGUGUAUCACCAAGACUAGCACAUGCAAACGCUGCCGUUGUUUUAUCAACUGUUAAAGUUAUUAUGAAAAUGUUGGAAAUGGUCGAUCCUGCUGCUGAAAUUGUAUCAACAGUAGUGAAAAAGUUGGCUCCUCCCCUAGUCACCUUGCUUUCUGCUGAACCAGAAAUUCAGUAUGUCGCUUUGCGUAAUAUUAAUCUGAUUGUUCAAAAGCGCAGGGAUAUUCUCAAGCAAGAAAUAAAGGUGUUUUUUGUGAAAUACAAUGACCCGAUCUAUGUGAAACUUGAGAAACUGGAUAUAAUGAUACGUCUUAUUAACCAGUCUAACAUUGGUCAAGUUCUUGCUGAGUUGAAAGAAUAUGCCAAAGAAGUCGACGUUGAUUUUGUCCGGAAGGCUGUUCGUGCAAUCGGGAGAUGCGCAAUUAAAAUUGAAUCUGCUGCAGAGCGUUGUGUGGGCACAUUAAUCGAUCUCAUCCAGACAAAAGUUAACUAUGUCGUUCAAGAAGCAGUUGUGGUUAUCAAGGAUAUAUUUAGAAAGUAUCCAAACAAAUAUGAAAGCAUUAUAUCGAUACUAUGUGAGAAUCUUGAUACAUUGGAUGAACCUGAAGCUCGUGGUUCAAUGAUUUGGAUCAUUGGUGAGUAUGCCGAGAGAAUCGAUAAUGCUGAUGAGUUACUGGAGUCUUUUCUGGAUGGUUUUCAGGAUGAAAAUACCCAAGUACAACUGCAGUUGCUAACAGCAAUAGUUAAAUUAUUCCUCAAAAGGCCAUCUGAUACACAGGAACUUGUCCAAACUGUCCUUGGUCUAGCCACACAAGAAUCUGACAAUCCAGAUCUCCGGGACAGAGGAUACAUUUACUGGCGUUUGUUGUCCACAGAUCCAGCAGCUGCAAAAGAAGUUGUUUUGGCCGAGAAACCACUGAUUUCGGAAGAGACCGAUAUGCUUGAACCUACACUACUGGAUGAACUUAUUUGUCACCUAGCGAGCUUAGCCAGCGUUUAUCACCGUCCACCAAGUUCUUUUGUUGAAGGCAGACAUGUAGCUAGACGUCAACUUCCAGCAAGAGUAAAUGGAGCUUCUGCUUCAUCAACAAAUUAUGGUGAUUUACAACAACCAGAUGUCUCUGCGCCUACAGUUAUUCCAACCCAGGAGACACUGAUUGGUGACCUGUUGGAUAUCGAUCUCGGUGGUGGGCCACCUACCUAUGAUUCAACAGCCAUUCAUCAAUUUGCUCGUCCACCAGUACCACCUACUGGAUAUGAUUCAACAACCCCUGAUCUUCUAGGUGAUGGCUUAGAUGACCUCCUCCCUGGCGUAACUGGGACAUAUGCGAACGAAGAACAGAAAAGUCAAACAGUAGGAGCGUCUUCGUCUGCCGCUGAUGUGUUAGCUGAUAUCUUCGGAGGAAUUAAAAUGUCUGAUCUCUCCAGUGCUAGUAGCUCUUCUUUCGUGCCUCCUGCAACUGUAUGGUUAGAAGCUGCUCGUGGUAAAGGUUUGGAAAUUCGUGGUACAUUCUCUCGUAAAACAGCUACGGGGCAGGCUACUAUGGAGUUAACUUUGGUUAAUAAUGCACUUACCCCUAUGUCUGGAUUCGCAAUACAGUUUAACAAAAAUAGCUUCGGUUUAGUUCCAACUGAAGCAUUAAAUGUUCCCACUCCUUUAAUGCCCCAUCAGUCUGUUAACAAGUCUCUUCCUUUAGCAACCACAGGUCCUGUAAUGAAGAUGGAUCCACUUAUGAAUCUUCAGAUUGCUGUCAAAAAUAAUAUUGACGUAUUUUACUUCGCCACUUUGGUUCCAAUGCAUAUUCUGUUUGUUGAAGAUGGAGAAAUGGAUAAACGAGUUUUCUUAGCUACCUGGAAAGAUAUACCUAGUCAAAAUGAACAACAGUUUACUUUAAGUCCAAUUAAUCUUACUGCUGAUGCAUGUAGCAAUAAAUUACGUCAGAAUAAUGUAUUCACCAUAGCUAAACGUAAUGUGGAUGGUCAAGAUAUGCUCUAUCAGUCUAUGAAGCUUACAAAUGGUAUUUGGGUGUUAGCCGAACUCAAAAUCCAACCUGACAAUCCGUCUUUCAUUUUAUCUUUGAAAUCUCGUACAGUCGAUGUUUACCCUGGUGUUCAAUUAGCUUUCGAUGGGAUCUUGAAAAAUUGAACAUCGUCAUCAACCCCACAUUAUACACCUACUGGAUGAACUAGCUUGUUUAUCUCCCUAUGAAACAUAAUUUCACAUUUGUUUGACAAUUAUACUUCUCUUUUAGAGCACAUAAAUUGAUUAAAGUUUAUCAAGUUGGAAAGAUUUUGUGCACAAAUUUACUUAAUAAUAUUUAAAGACAACUAACUGUACUAGUUGUUGUGGUUGGUGUUUGUCGUCAGUUACUUCGGGCUAUCCAUUCCAUUAAAUAAAUAUCCAUCCCAUUGGAUAGAUAAUUAAAUUUGUCUCACUCAAUUUUAAUAUUUAUUUCUUUAUUUUCACUUGAAUUGUGAUUUGCUUUUCCUUCUCUUCUUUUUUUAAUUAUUAUUAUCAUCAUCAUCAUAUUAUCACAAUUGUUGUAUUUUACUUAAUAAUUUGCUUUAUCUUUUAAAUAAAAGGAAUAUGUACUGAAUUGCAGUGUGAACUAGUUAUUGAUGAUUACUAAUAUAAUACACGUUUUAAAA